UUAGGUUUAUGGGAGAUUCGAAAUUGGCCAAAGGUGUGAAUCUGAGUGUGAAUCCUUGUUUAUCUCUCUGCGUACUGCAAUUGGCUGGCCAGCAGCCGAGGACAUGGCCACCUUAUUUUGCCUGAAGUCAUCAUCACAUGAAAACCCAGCAGGCUUGAGACAAGAUUUGAAUCAACCUUUCGAGUGUGAGACUGAUGUGCUAACUUUCCACGUGAGCAACUUAACAAAGCACUGAUUGCUCCCUCGUCCUUUCUGCAGCCGUGAAAUGGAUGUCUUUUGGCAAGGUCCCACUUCAAAUGUCUCCAGCAGGCUCAGCAAUGCUAGCACAUUCCCCGACUUCACCGUGGGUAACACCACCACCGCCAGCACCAGUCUCGACAUUGAAACCACCCUCUUGUACAUCCUCGGCCCUAAACGCUCUCCCUUCUUCCUACCGGUGGCCGCUGUCUACCUGCUCAUCUUCCUGGUGGGCUUGAGUGGUAACCUUUUGACAUGCGCCGUGGUAGCCAAGCACAAGAAGAUGCGCAAUCCCACCAACCUGUACCUAGUCAGCUUGGCUGUGUCCGAUCUUCUCAUGCUGACCUUCGGGAUGCCCAUGGAGAUCUACGACCUGUGGCAGAACUACCCGUUCCCCUUCGGUGCCGUCGGGUGCUACUUCAAGACGUUCAUCUUUGAGACUGUCUGUUUCGCAUCCAUCCUUAAUGUCACAGCGUUGAGUGUGGAGCGAUACAUUGCUGUGGUGCACCCUCUCAAGACGCGCUACCUAACCACCAAGCGGCACGCCAAGCGGGUCAUUGGUGCCGUGUGGGCGGCGUCCAUGGUGUGCGCUGUACCCAACACAUCCCUACACGGUAUCUACUACCUCCUGGGCCACAUGAGGGAGUCGGCCAUUUGCACUGUGCUCAAGCCGCUGUGGAUUUACCACACACUCAUGCAGAUCACCACCAUCUGCUUCUUCUUCAUCCCCAUGAUGGUGAUUAGCGUGCUCUACCUGAUCAUGGGCCUGCACCUGGGCAGGGAAAGAACACAGAGGCGGGGCUACUUCGGCAAGAAAUGGGGCAGCGACUCUCGUGUGAGCAUCCACGAUGAGGGCGGUCGCCGGACGCAAGUCAUCAAGAUGCUCUCCAUCGUGGUGGCAGUGUUUGGCGUGUGCUGGGCGCCCUUCCACAUGGAGCGUUUGCUGUGGAGCUCCGUGCGCCAGUGGACUGACCUAAUGCACAACAUCUACCAGUACGUCCACAUCCUAUCAGGGGUCCUCUUUUACCUCAGCUCUGCCGUCAAUCCGGUCAUCUACAGCCUGAUCUCCACACGCUUCCGCGAAUGCUUCCGCGAACUCGUGUGCUCACGGACCGACGAACUCGACUCUCCACCGCCCCCGAAGAGUUCGCUGGUCAUCUCCGCCUCCAGGGUCCAGAGCGGAGGUCAGGACUCGUUGAUCCGCUUACUGUCUCCGCCAACGACACAGGGACUGGACUGUGUGUUAUUCUCAAGUGCUUGCCAAGAGAUGGCUUACGAGACUUCGGUGUUCUGAGAUAACACUAGAUUUACAAAGUAAUACAACAUUAUCAUGUGGGACUAACAUAGAUCCUUACAACCAUUUGAUUUCAUGCAACCUGGACUGGUUGGCUUUCAAUCAUAGGAUUGACACAAAGAGACAGCAUGGAAGACAAUUUAAGGUGUACUCACACUACGAGGCAAUUUCAACCGUGCCAGACGUUUUGCUGUGCAAUUGCUUCAGAUAACCGUUGCAUCACUGUAACUAUUGUAACUCUGAUUUUUCUGUGGUUCUGUUUAUUUCCAUUGUGAGUGGUGGUCGUUAUCAUGAAGGACUGGUGAGAGGCGUCAUCGCAUUAAUUAUAUACGUACAUGUGCCCAUGUUGUGGAGUUUUUCUUUGGACUAUCGAUAUUGAUUUGUUUGUUUCUGUAGUACAAAGUGGCAGUGAUGACCAUCUAGCAAGAGGAGUGAUUGCUUUAAUUACAAUAUGUGACAUGUCCAUGCUGUGGAUUAGUAGUAUUGUUAUUUUUUACCAUAGAUUAUUAAUCACUAUGAUUAUUUCUAUUGUUCAAGAUGGGGAAGAACUGUCAACAAAAGUCAUUGCAUUUUUUAGAUGACAUGUACCUGUAUGUGCCAAUGCCGUGGACCUUUCUUUCAUGUCACUGUGGAGAAAAUUUUCAAUUACCGGUACUGUUCAUUUCUACUGUGCAAAACACUGGUUGUAACCAACUGUCAAAAGCAGCAAUCAAAUUAAUUAGAACAUGUAAA